AUGGCGUCCCAGACUCCUCAGGCGCCUAACCUUGACCGCUACGUCGUCAUUCACGUUGCCACAACAUGCGAUGAACACGGUGUAUACGUCACAAAGGACUCUGCCGAGGUCAUUGAACUCGGAUGGAUCUUGCUCGAUGCAAAAUCUUGUGAGGAGUUGCACCGAGAGAGCAUUUUGGUCAAGCCCGUCAACACGCCGAUUACGGCACUCUGCACAAGCUUGACAACCUUGACCUGGGAUCAGGUCCGCAAUGCCGGUACCUUCAGGGACGCAAUUACACGGUUCGAUGCCUUCGCACAGGAACACCUCGUCCCCAAGAACCUCGAGUUCGCCUUCGUAACCCUCGACUCCUGGGAUCUCCGGGUUCAACUGCCUCGUGAGGCCCGCGAUAAGGCUGUUGUCCUCCCCCCUUAUCUACAACACUCUCGUACAUUUGAUUUGCGCACAGAAUAUCAGCGCUGGCAGGCACACCACCCGGAGUCCCUUCCAUUCGGUUCCAGUGCAUUGGCCAACAUUUGUGCUGCAUUGGAGGUCGAGCCUGUGCAAUCAUCUGCACCCAUCAAACACAACCUUCCUUUCCACUUGCAGGCACUUGCCCCCGCUUCGCCGAGGCGAGCUAUGGAGGAAUCUGUCACCUUGGCCCGCGUACUGAGAGGCCUCAUCCGUAAAUCACAACCACCCUCGGAGCACCCAGACGUCCUCACCAAACCCAUGGACGCCCGUGCCGACGUCAGGGCAUUCUUGUCCGAACGCAGUAAAGUGCUUCACAUGAGUGGUCUUCCCCACGACACCACGCAGUCAGAGCUUGAGAGUUGGUUCACCCAGUUCGGCGGCCGUCCCAUUGCCUUCUGGACUCUCCGCACUCCCGACCAGCAUAAACCCACCGGUACUGGAUUCGCUGUCUUUUCUUCCCACGAGGAGGCUGCCGAGAGCUUGUGCAUGAACGGCCGUGCACUCAACGAAAAGGCCAUCGAGGUCUCCCCAUCGUCGAGCCGUGUCCUUGACCGUGCUGCGGAUAUCAUCACACCUUUCCCUCCCAGCAAGAACCGCCCACGACCAGGUGAUUGGAACUGCCCCUCCUGCGGUUUCUCCAACUUCCAACGCCGCACGGCAUGCUUCCGCUGCUCUUUCCCUGCCAUGCAGGUUCCCCCUGGCGAUGGUAUGGGCUACCCUUACGGUUACGGCCCACCAAACAUGAUGGGCCCUCCUACCCACCACAUGGGUCAUGGCCACGGUAUGGGUGGCGGCCACAUGCCUCGAGGCAACGGCGGAGUCGUACCUUUCCGCGCCGGAGACUGGAAGUGUGGUGAGAAUGGCUGCGGUUAUCACAACUUUGCCAAGAAUGUCCAGUGCCUUCGAUGCGGUGCCAGUCGAUCUGGUGCAGCUGUCGUUGCUGAUUCUGCAUUCCCUUCUCCCAUGGAUGCUCCGUCUAGCUUUGGCAUGGGUCCACCUUCAAUGGGUGGCACUCCUGGUCCUUUCGGAGCUGGUGCCUUUGGUAAUGCUGGAUUCCCUGCGCAGCAGUUUGGUGGCCCCCCUAGCUCUUAUGCCCUCCCUUCAGGAAUCGGAGCCGCUAGCCCCUACCCUCCUGUCGGUGCUCAGUAUGCUCCUAACGGUGGAAUGCAUGCUACUCCGUUUGACAGCCGCUCAGCAGAGGCUGCCUUCACUGCCGCCGACCAAUAUCCUCCUAACCAAGGUCCUGCCAACGGUGAUGGGCGUAAUGAUCCCUUCAAUUUCCUUUCCACCAACUUUGGCGGUCUGUCCAUGAACGAUGAUCGCCGCAAUGCCCCCAACUCCGCGAGCAAGUCUCCGGCUUAG